CUGAAGGUGGCAGCCAUACCCUCCUGCUGGGCAGCUCUGCCCAAAGUCCACAGCCAGGACCUGCUUCCCACUUCCCAGGCUACUGCCUGAGAGGAGGCCUCGAAAGCGCAGGGUUCCAUGACUCUAGGGGCUGUGGUUGGUGCCCAUCAUCUCCCCAGUGUGGACUGGCUCCACUGGACCUGGCUGCCUUGGCCAUUUGGUCUACCAGCUGGAACCAUGUUCCUGGGUGUGGAAAACGCUCCCUCCGGAGCCUGCAUAGACCCCUGAGGCCUUGUGCUUCCUUCUGAUGGGAGGCUCCAGACGCAGUUGGAGGGGACGUCUGGCAGGCCUCUAACCCCCAGCCAACCUAAACAUUUCCGGCGCAGAAGGCCCCGGCCUGGCGUUGUUUGUCCCUGGCUGCCUCCUGCUCCGACUCCAUCAUCAGCAUCCUGUUGUCAAGGUCAUGGAUCAGUGCGGUGCUCAUCAGGGCGUCCGGCCAGCUGGGGUCUCUGUCCUGUAUUCCGGCAGAGGCCCCAGGAAAAACGGCAAAUGCCUUUGUCCAUUCCAUACAAAUUUCCUAGGAAUGUGAGCACCUUCUGAUCUUCCGUGGCAUAUUCGUCCAGUUGAUGGCCAACCCUGGGUACCUGGACCUCCAGGGCCUGCUGCACUGGGCUGCCCCUCGGCUGUGUGUGCACUCGCCACGUGGCCCUCCAGGAAUCCCACCCCACGGGCCACACUGAACCAAAUGGAGAGAGCAGGGCCACCACCCUCUCCACAUGCCAUGACUGCUCUGGGGCCUGGGCAGGAGGGGACGGUCUUGGCCUUCCCACGGCCAUCUCUACCCCAAAGAUGCAACGAAGAUACCGGUCGCUCCCCAGGUGUCAAUCCCAGUCACAGGCUCAGAGACCAGGACAUGGCCCCGGGUGGGUCUGUAGGCCCUGUGGUCUCAUGUGAGCUGGUCCUGGGCAGGACUCCAUUAUUAACUGCCUGUCAUGUGUCCCACUGUCAUGGAGCCCUGGUGACUCUUGGGGACCAGCAUCAGCUCAGGGCCUGUGUGCUCAGUGGCUCCCAGAUGUCUGGACAUUCCCCCCCCGUGCACAUAGUCCCCAGGGAAGUCCUUGUCACGCACACUUGCUGAUGUGGGGAGUGUCCUUCAUCUUGCAGGCCUGGCCACCUCUUCAGUCAGCAGAUACCUGGGCUGAAAACUGACUUGGGCAGUGUGGGCCCAACUGGGGCUCUAUCAGAGUGACCACCCUCAGCCCUUCUGGACCCCUCUGCUGGCUCCACCUGAGCGUGGCCCUCGCUGGCGGCCCUGCCUUGCUCUGCUGCCAUCCCAUAAGCCCUGCAGGCAGGCCCCUUGGCGCCCUUCAGCCGUGUUCAUGAUUGUCUCCUGGCCUCUGCUGUUUAGAGGUCUGAUGCCCUCUGCCCCCGGCGAGCCAAACCCUGUGAUUGUGGUUCCUGCCACCAGCCUCCUGUGGCACCGCCGCCUCUCCUGCCAGCCUCCUGCGCGCAGCUGCCACUCCCUAGUAACCAGCAUGGCACAGGCUCAGAAGCUUCCUAAGAGGCUGGAGAGUGGAACCUUCAGGCACCACGCACUGCCUCCUCCCUGCCCAUGGUCCUGGGUUCUCCAGAUGGGGCCUUGGCCUUGGCUAGGUGUUGAUCAGGAGCUGGGAGUGCUGCGCCCCCGCCCAACUUCUCCAAACUCCAACCAGGGCACCUCAGUGAGGCCUCAGCCACCUGCACCUUAUUUGCUUCCUCCUUGGAGCCCCCUCGUGUCUGUGCAUUCAUCAAACAGCAGCUGGGCCCCCCAGCACACCCCCUUCCCCAGCUUUCCCACUGGACACUGGAAUCAGUUUCACAACUGGACUGGACAGGACGACCACUUUGUGCCAGCGUCUGCUGGGGUGGACUCUGCAGCGGCCACAGCCAGCCUGGAUGGGCUCCUCGCACAGCUCUGCUUACGGGUGAAGGCCAUCUAGAAACCCUCAGUCCCCUCUCAGCCUCAGAGCCGAUAGCACUGCCUGACCAUCAGCAAGCUUGUCAUCAGCACCACCGCCAGCAUGCCUGCUCCUGGAUCUCCGUGAGGCUCCCCUGCCUGUGUCACCCACGGGCCUCUAGGGGUGCUCUGGAGCUGGGAGCCACUGUCCAGCACUUCCUACCCUCUCCGGCCUCUCUCGGCUAUCUGCCAAGCACUCACUCAGUCUCCUAUUGACCACUUGUUUUCCUGCAAGGCUGCUGGCUUACGUGAAAAUAGAGAAAGCCAAAGAGUUUCGUCACCCCUUCCUCCAAGCUUGGGCCAGCCUUGGGGGCAGCAGAGCUUCUGGGCUGACAUGGGCUCAUUGCUCCUCCUCCAACCCCUAUGAGGACAUCAAAAGCGUGGACACAUCACUUUCCACCAUCUUGCUGCCCACUGUCCCUCCAACCUGAUGCCUCCUAAGCACAUGUGUGGGGCAGCAGGCACACUGCUGAUAGCCGUGGAUGUGGCCGUGACAGUCUUCACCCCUGCCCUCAUGGCAUGCGUGAUCCAUUAGGGAGGACCAUCUGCACAAAGACUUCCCAGGGACUUGAGCCAGCCCCUGGCCCCCAGGCCUUGGUUUCCUCACCUGUGCAGCGUGGAUUUGGGGCUGAGGGUACGAAGACUGGCACCCACCUGAGCCGAUGGAACAGGCCUGCCCCUGGUCCUGAAGAGGCCUCUGCUCUCCCAGUUCUCCCCUUGCCCAUGUGGAAGGGGGCUCAUCCCCCAGCAUGGGUGCUUCCUGGCCGGUGUCCAUCUCUGUGUGAGUUCCUGUAGGGAGGGACCAGCUUCCUGCAGACUGGACUUUGCAGCCUGUAUGGCUGGAGUUCCCGUGCCUGCCAAUCUCCUGUUGACUGCGAGUCAGCUCCGAUACUUCACCAGAUUCAGCCACCUGGGGGAGCUGGAAGUGAAUCUCCUCUUAGCUGAGCCUUCUGAUGAGACUGCAGCCCCAGCUGACACCUGGAUUGCAGACUCAUGAAAGACCCUGAGCAGAGGACCCAGUUUGGCAGAGCCCGAAUUCCUGACCCACAAGAACUGGGAGAUAAAACUCUAUGGUUUUAAUCUUCUCAUUUUGGAGGCUAUAUGGAUAUACAUCCAAAUGACUGGAUUUUAAAAUCACUUGGAAGAGUUUGUGCCCAGUGUCCUGUGAUGUAAAUAUGCUUCAUUCAACCUGGGCCCUUGGGAGAGAUGCUGAGUGGUUCCUGGGCUGUCCCCACUCCACACCGUGGCAGUGAAUAGCUGCUGAAGUACAUGCUUCAUAGUCCUUGCAUCUCUCUCCCCAGGACCAUGAAUGGCACCUACAACACCUGUGGUUCCGGCGACCUCACCUGGCCCCCAACGAUCAAGCUCGGCUUCUACGCCUACUUGGGCGUCCUGCUGGUGCUGGGCCUGCUGCUCAACAGCCUGGCGCUCUGGGUGUUCUGCUGCCGCAUGCAGCAGUGGACAGAGACCCGCAUCUACAUGACCAACCUGGCGGUGGCCGACCUCUGCCUGCUGUGUGCCUUGCCCUUUGUGCUGCACUCCCUGCGAGACACCUCAGACACGCCGCUGUGCCAGCUCUCCCAGGGCAUCUACCUGACCAACAGGUACAUGAGCAUCAGCCUGGUCACAGCCAUCGCCGUGGACCGCUAUGUGGCCGUGCGGCACCCGCUGCGUGCCCGCGGGCUGCGGUCCCCCAGGCAGGCUGCGGCUGUGUGCAUGGUCCUCUGGGUGCUGGUCAUCAGCUCCCUGGUGGCUCGCUGGUUCCUGGGGAUGCAGGAGGGCGGCUUCUGCUUCAGGAGCACCCGGCACAAUUUCAACUCCAUGGCGUUCCCGCUGCUGGGAUUCUAUCUGCCCCUGGCCGUGGUGGUCUUCUGCUCCCUGAAGGUGGUGACCGCCCUGGCCCAGAGGCCACCCACCGACGUGGGGCAGGCAGAGGCCACCCGCAAGGCUGCCCGCAUGGUCUGGGCCAACCUCGUGGUGUUCGUGGUCUGCUUCCUGCCCCUGCACGUGGGGCUGACGGUGCGCCUCGCUGUGGGCUGGAAUGCCUGUGCCCUCCUGGAGACGAUCCGUCGCGCCCUCUACAUAACCAGCAAGCUCUCAGAUGCCAACUGCUGCCUGGACGCCAUCUGCUACUACUACAUGGCCAAGGAGUUCCAGGAGGCGUCUGCACUGGCCGUGGCUCCCAGUGCUAAGGCCCACAAAAGCCAGGACUCUCUGUGUGUGACCCUCGCCUAGGAGGCGUGCCGUGGACACUGUGGGCCAGGUCUUGGGGGCUCCGGGAGGUGCUGCCUGCCAGGGGAAGCUGGGACCAGUAACAAGGAGCCUGGGAUCAGCCCUGAACUCACUGUGUGCUCUCUUGGAGCCUUGGGUGGCCAGGGACAGCCCAGGUACCUGCUGUCUUGGGAAGAGAGAGGGACAGGGACAAGGGCAAGAGGACUGAGGCCAGAGCAAGGCCAAUGUCAGAGACGCCCAGCACACUUGCCACCCCCAGAACCAGCUCACCUGGCCAGAGUGGGUUCCUGCUGGCCAGGGUGCAGCCUUGAUGACACCCGCCGCUGCCCCUCGGGGCUGGAAUAAAACUCCCCACCCAGAGUCA